UGUCAAUAUAAUGGAUAAAACACGAUACUUAUUUAAAAUAUUUGGAUGUGCAUUAUAACAUUAUAACAUUAUGCGCGGUGCGCAUGCUCACAAGUGACGCUUCCGGGCCCCCUCGUCACUAUCUGAACGUGCGUUUCGAAGAUGGCGGCGGAGAAGUCGGUGCCGAGUGAUCUUUACAAAUGCGUGUAUUCAUUUCUGCUAGAGAACAAGUUCGCCAAGGCGGCUCAGCAGUUCCUGAAACAGACUAAAGUGAAUCCACAGGAUCAGAAUGAGGAAAGCCUCGUAGACAUCUACAACUUCUGGGUGAAGUCUCCUGAUGCCAAGAAACGCAAAGCACCUGCUAACCAAGCUAAAGAUUCUAAUGGUCCAUCAGCCAAGAAGGCAAAAACUGGUAAAGAGAGCUCCAGCAGUGAAGACUCCAGUAGUGAGGAUGAAAAGCCUACCAAGGCAGCAUCUGGAGUGGCCAAGGUGGUGCCUGUUAAAACAGCUAAAGCAGCAGCUAAAGCUGCAUCAAGCAGUAGUGAAGACUCAGAAGAGGAGAAAACACCUGCAAAGGCUCCCGUGAAGCCUGCUGCUGCAGUAAACUCAAGAAAGAAAGACACCAGCUCAAGCAGUGAAGAAUCUGACUCUGAGGAUGAGAAGCCUGCAAAAGCUCCUGCAGCAAAACCUAAUGCAGGUAAAACCACAACACCCAAACCAGCCGUUUCUGCUAAGGGUGCAGCCCAGAAGAAGCAGGCGAGCAGCAGUGAAGAUAGUUCUUCAGAUUCUGAAGAUGACAAACCUACCAAGGUACUAAAGGUUCCAGUCAAACCAGCUGUUGCCAAGGCUGCUGCUGCUGCUGCUGCUGCUGCUGAAUCAAGCAGUGAAGAAUCGUCAGAAGAUGAAGCUCCUCCCAACAAAAAACCUAAAAAUGCCAUGUACAGUGCAGUUCCUCCACCUGCUAUGAUCCAGAAAGCUCCAUCAGAACAGAAAAAAGUAGCUCCAAAACCGACUUUGGUAAAGACUGCUCCAGCCAAAGCUGCUGCCAAAGCUUCAAAGUCCAGUUCUGAAAGCUCAGAUUCAAGCUCAGAUGAAGAGGAAAAGAAGGCCCCAAACAAAGCAGCCCCAGCAAAAAAAACCCCAAUCAAGUCUGCUCCUGCCAAGGCUGCACCAGCUAAAGCAGACGAGUCAGAUGAAGAGUCAAGUUCUGAAGAGGAGGAAGAGGUCAAGAAACCUGCAGUAAAGGUGACUCCCGCUAAAGCGGCCCAACCUAAAGCCCCAACCAAACCUGCUCCUGCCAAGACAACGCCAGCCAAGAAAGACGAGUCCUCAAGCAGCUCUGAAUCAGACGAGGAUGACGAACCAACAAAAGCUAAACCAGCAGCAACUAAGUCUGCUGCACCAGCUUCAAAGCCUGCUACACCUGCUGCUAAGCCUCCUGCAGCAGAGAGCAGCUCUGACUCUGAUUCCUCCUCUGAAGAUGAAGAACAAGUCAAGGCAAAACCUGCAGCAACUAAACCAGCCGCUCCAGCUAAAAAAACUGCUACACCUGCCAAAAAAGCUGCUACUCCUGCAGCUAAGGGUCCUGCAGCAGAGAGCAGCUCUGACUCUGAUUCCUCUUCUGAAGAUGAAGAACCAGUUAAGGCUAAACCUGCAGCAGCCAAACCAGCUGCCCCGGCUAAAAAAAGUGAUGCUCCUGUAGCUAAGGCUCCUGCAGCAGAAAGCAGCUCUGACUCUGAUUCCUCUUCUGAAGAUGAGGAACCAGUGAAGGUGAAACCUGCAGCAGCUAAAUCAGCUGCCCCAGCUAAAAAGACUACUACACCUGCCAAAAAGCCAGCUACUCCUGCAGCUAAGGCUCCUGCAGCAGAGAGCAGCUCUGACUCUGAUUCCUCUUCUGAAGACGAAGAACCAGUUAAGGCAAAACCUGCAGCUGCUAAACCUGCAGCAGCUAAAUCAGCUGCCCCAGCUAAAAAAAGUGCAACUCCUGCAGCUAAGGCCCCUGCAGCAGAGAGCAGCUCUGACUCUGAUUCUUCUUCUGAAGAUGAAGAACCAGUCAAGGCUAAACCUGCAGCUACUAAACCAGCUGCCCCAGCUAAAAAAGGUGCUACUCCUGCUGCUAAGCCUGCUACUCCUGCAGCUAAGGCCCCUGCAGCAGAGAGCAGCUCUGACUCUGAUUCUUCUUCUGAAGAUGAAGAACCUGCCGCAGCUAAACCUGCCGCAGCUAAACCAGCUGCCCCAGUUAAAAAAACUGCUACUCCUGCAGCUAAGGCUCCUGCAGCAGAGAGCAGCUCUGACUCUGAUUCUUCUUCUGAAGAUGAAGAACCAGUCAAGGCUAAACCUGCAGCAGCUAAACCUGCAGCAGCUAAACCUGCAGCAGCUAAACCUGCAGCAGCUAAACCUGCAGCAGCUAAACCUGCAGCAGCUAAACCUGCAGCAGCUAAACCUGCAGCAGCUAAACCAGCUGCCCCAGCUAAAAAAAAUGCUACUCCUGCUGCUAAGGCCCCUGCAGAAGAGAGCAGUUCCAGCUCUGAUUCUUCUUCUGAAGAUGAAGAACCUGCAGCAGCUAAACCUGCUGCAGCUAAACCUGCAGCAGCCAAACCAGCUGCCCCAGCUAAAAAAACUGCUACACCUGCCAAAAAGCCAGCUACUCCCGCAGCUAAGGCUCCUGCAGCAGAGAGCAGCUCUGACUCUGAUUCCUCUGAAGAGGAAGAACCAGUAAAGGCAAAACUUGCAGCAAUUAAACCAGCUGCCUCAACUAAAAAGCCUGCUACACCUGCUUCCAAGCCUCCUGCAGCAGAGAGCAGCAGUGAUUCAGACUCCUCUUCUGAAGAUGAGAAAAAAACAGCAAAGCCUAAACCAGCCACCCCAGCUUCAAAACCAUCUACCCCUGCAGCAGCAAAGAAACCGGCAGCAGCAGCAGCAAAAAAGGCUCAAGAGAGCAGCUCGGACUCCUCAGAUAGCUCAGAUUCUGAAUCCGAGGCCAAGUCUGCUAAGCCUCCAGUCACCAAUGGUAAAGCAGUCACACCCAAGGGCACACCUGCAGCCAAGGCACCAGCAAAGCCAGCAGAGUCCUCAUCCAGCGACAGUAGCUCUGAGGAAGAGGAAGUUGCUAGUAAAAAUACUGUAAAGCCUGCUACACCUGCUGCCAAAGCCAAGACAACCCCAGCAGCUAAACCUAAAGAGAGCAGCAGCUCCUCAGACAGCUCAUCAGAUGAGGAAGAACAAAAAGCAGCCACAGCUCCCACAACUCCUGCAACAAAUAGUACAAAUGGAAAGAGGAAAAAAGAUGAAGAAUCAUCAGAAAGCGAAGAGGAAGAAACGGAAUUCACGACUCCAAAAAAUAAGAAAGCAGUAACUACUCCUCAGACUUUCCCUAAAGCCAGCAAGAAGUCCACCAACGUACCAUUCCGUAGAGUCAGAGAGGAAAAUGUAGCUGUGGACCCCCGUCUCGCAGACAACUCUUUCGAGGCUAAGCAAGGAUCCAAUGGGGACUGGGGACAGAAAGCCAACAAUGUGCUCAAGUUCACGAAAGGCAAGUCGUUCCGCCAUGAAAAGACGAAGAAGAAGAGGGGAGGCUACUGCGGUGGAGCCAUCUCCACUACAGUCAACUCCAUCAAGUUUGACAGUGAAUAGGGUUCUAGUCCCUUUGGCCUCUCCCAACGUGACCUGUACUGUACCUGUAAGAUCAGGCCAUUUUCUUCCCUGUAUACAUUUCCCCUGCCGUCUCCACCCAACUGCAGCAACAGGUUCUUUUUAAUCAGCGCAGUCAUUUAAUCUAUGAUUUAAAAGCAAAAGUCAGUGGAGCGGUUGCAGCAGGAGACAGAUGUUCCCACCUGUAAGUUCAAAGUGUACUGGUUGGCAUUCAUGUGACUAAUUACCAUUUAUAGCCACUAGGUGGCUGCAGGCCACCUGUUAAUAGUAGGUGUAAAGAAAGACUUCACUUGAUUAUCAAUGGCAAAUGUACGUUUUGUAACCUUCUUUUCCAUUUAUAUAUGUAUGAAUGACGGCCAUCGACAGAGUUCGUCAUUAUGUUAAAAAAAGGUUGAGUCUGGUUUUUAAUCAAUCGCAUGGAUUCUUGUUCAGUUUGUCUGUUUUUUUUGGCCACAUUUGAAUGUAGAGAGGGUGUUUGCCCGGGCUUUUCCUCUUGUCUCACAAGUAGAACUGAGUUUUAUACUAUUUAUUAAGUUUAACACCUCAACCUGUACGAACUAGAAAGAUUUUUUUUCAGUGUUCUUGAGCCAUUUGCUUAGAAAGUUUCUUUUGAAGUUGGGAUGCCCUUUAAUUCCCUCUCUAGUCCUGUCAGUGGUCUUGAACCUAUUCAGAAACUAAGAGCCAUGUUUGAUUGAAUUUACUGUAUGAAAAUCUUACUUUUUUAUUACCAUUUCUUGUGUCUGUAAUUAAAGACUUAACAAAUCA